AUAAAAAAAUUAAAACUAAAAAAGAAAAAAGAAAAAGAAGAAACAAAGAAGAAGAACACUGUUAGUAGAGAUCGAGCUUACUCAUGAAGAAGCAAAGACCAAACUGAGUUUCCAGAUUUCUAUGCAAAUUCUUCAACUUCACCCUCUUCAUACUUCAAUCAAUUGAUCUUUUCAUUAUUCAAAGUUUGAAGCUUUUGGGGUUUCAUGAAGCAAUGAGGUUUUUCAGAUUGGUGCAAGUGAUGUAAUUAGCGCAAGCAUGGUUUUUCAGACCCUUUUGUUUGGUUUUUCGAACUUAGGGUUUUGAUUUACCGUAAACUUUGUUGAAUUGGGUUUGAUUUAAGUAAUUUGGGCUUCUGGGUCAGUGUGAUUUUUCAGUGGUUUGAUCUCUAGGGUUUUGGGAAAAUUGAGAUUUGGUUUUGCAUUUUUUGUUUGUUGAUUUGUGAAUUUUGGGCAAAAGGGUAACUUAAUUCAUGUUCAAAAUUGGUUCUUUAAAUGAUGUGUGAAGAUAGAUAUUACUGUAAUUUGGCUCAAAUUGAGGUAACUGGUGGUGGGUGGGUUGUUUUCUGAUAUUGUUGGAUGGUGUAUGAAUCUGUUUGUUGAGAAAUGUUACCUCAACAGAGCUCAAGAAUCAAUUUGGUUGAGUUAAAAGUACAGAUUGUAAAGAGGAUUGGAGUGGAGAAGUCGAAGCGGUACUUUUAUUACCUGAAUAGGUUUUUGAGUCAUAAGUUGAGUAAGAAUGAGUUUGAUAAGUUAUGUUUUCGGGUUCUCGGUAGGGAGAAUCUUCCGUUGCACAAUUAUUUUAUAAAGUCGAUUUUCAAGAAUGCCUGUCAAGCCAAGACUCCGCCACUAGUUCAGCCAUCGGGUCCUUCAAAAUCAGGAGCACGGGUUACUAAUUUCUCUCCUGGUGUGGAAGAUGGACAUGAACAGAGUGUUGCUAAUGGAAACUUCCAAAAUCAUAAUGUUUCUGUUUGGUCAAAUGGGGUUUUGCCGGUGUCCCCGCGUAUGUUACGGUCUGGAAUACGUGAUCGGAAGCUUAAAGAUAGACCGAGUCCCCUUGGACCAAAUGGGAAAGUUGAUUCAGUUGCUCAUCAUUCCAUGGCUUCAGAAGACAGUGGUAGUAAGGUUGACAUGGAGAAUGGAACUCUUACUCCGUGUGAUUAUCAGCGACGAACACAGCAUCUUCAAGAAGUUGCUGGGCUACCUAAGAAUGCUAUGGGGGAUGCUAUUCUGGGAUUAGCCGAAAAACCAAGAACACAUGUCAAUGGGCUGACUCAAAUAUCGACUGUGGAAGAUGGAGAGGAGGUGGAGCAACUAAACCGCCUCGGUUUUAACAGAAAUCCUCUAAUAGCACCACUUGGGAUCCCUUACUGCUCUGCAAGUGUGGGUGGGGCCCGCAAAGCAUUGCCGGCGAAUAGCACGGGUGAUUUUGUUAGUUGUUGUGAUAGUGGUAGGUUAUCUGAUACAGAUACGUUAAGAAGGCGCAUGGAGCAGAUUGCAAUGGUACAGGGUCUUGUAGGUGUUUCUCCAGAAUGUGCAACUGUGUUGAAUAGCGUGUUGGAUGUAUACUUGAAACGGUUGAUCAAGUCUAGUGUUGAUUUAGUGGGAACUAGAUCUACAAAUGAGCCGACAAAGCUCCCUAUCUCAAAGCAGCAGGUUCAGGAGAAGCUCAUAAAUGGCAUGUUGCCAAAUAAUCAUUUACAUGUGCAUAAUACUGGUAGGAUGGCUGAACCUCAGCUUGAACACAGACCCCAGUUUUCAGUAUCUUUGCAUGAUUUUAAAGUUGCGAUGGAGCUAAAUCCACAGCAACUUGGAGAAGAUUGGCCACUACAGUUGGAGAAAAUUUCUAUGCAAUCCUUUGAAGAAUAACACAUCAAUAAAGAUUUUUUUUUUCUUACGUUUACUUGAGCAAAUGUUGGGUCAGGUUCUUCUGGUUCUGAUAGCUCGGCGAUAGUUGUGGUGAUUAUUGCUGUACUUUGCACUGUUUAUAUUGCCAUGAUGAACCAGAAGACUCCCGAAUAGGGAUUUUUAGCCCUUCCAGGAUCAAAUGCUGGCUUCGAGCUUCAAAAUGUUUUAUCUCUGCCAUGUGGAGGACCUAGGAUGGACCGGCAAUAUAUUUGACUGCAACCAAGGGAGUUAUGAUAUGAAGCCCAGGAGUGGUUGCACUGUUGUAUGUUUAGCAUUGAUACUGGUUGUAUUUGCGAUUGUAAAAGAUCUGAUAACUUUUGAUUGCUUUACAACCAAUUAGGAGACUUGGAAAAAGUUUUGCAGGAAUGGGGUCAAGGAACUGUGACAUGUAUAAGAUCUGAAGGGUUGCUUUGUAUGUAAUUUUAGAUUGCGACGAUUGAUUGAAAUUCAAUAUUAAUAACAUGUCAAGAUCUAUUAAGUUUCCUUGAUGAUUUCAGUGUUAUAGUUGAACUUUGUGGUGCCAACUUUGACCAAUAUCUGAAUUAGAUUUUUAUUUUCUACUUUAUUCA